AUGUCUCAACCCAACACCCCCCAACGCGAGAACACUUAUCCUCUGGCCAUGCCUCGAGUUCUGGCAGCCUUGAAGGAUCUGAUCGUAGUCGAAGAAACCAAUGAGGAAAGAAUCAAACUGAAUAACAAGGUGGCCUGGUUUCAUGAUGUUUUUCGGCUUAAAGGAUCAACAAUACCACAUGCAUUCAAGGCGGUGAUUGUCUUUACACUCUGGUCAACGAUUGUCGCGGUGGCGGACCUGGUAUACGAGACAUCAUUGAAUCUAUCAAACUCGGUCGUACCUCUCCUCUCGGUCGUUGUGGGCUUGAUGCUCGUGUUCAGGAAUACGACAGCGUUUGCCCGAUGGGAGGAUGGAAGAAAAGCGUUUACCUCCUUACAAUCCGCCGUUCGGAACACCGCCCGAGACUAUUGGAUCUCGAUCGGAGCACCCGUCCAUACCUCGAAUCCGAAAGACCCCCGUCCAGCGCCGCUUUCGCCCAAAGAAAUCAGAUUAAAAGCAAGAGCCCUCCGACUAUUGGUGGCAUAUGUGACCGCUGUGAAGCGGCACGUUCGAGGCCAAUACGGGAUAGAUUAUGAGGACCUGAGGGCCCUGUUACCUCCGGAGUUCUACAAUCGGUCAAGUCAGCCCGGCUUUGGAUUCGAUGCGGCCGAUGCAGACAUCAAAGGGUCUUCUUCGAAUACCAUGCCCAACGAGUCACCCCCUCCGCUCAGCGGCGCCCUUCGCGAGCCAAGCGGUAGCUCAAAUACGCUUUCCUCAGAUGCAAUUGAGCCCACUCUUGGCAGACGUCGUCCAGCUUACCAACGUGUCACCUCUUUCUUUUUCUCUCAGAAAGAGGAACUCGGGCGAAUAACGGCCGAUUCGGUUGGAGUCUCGGAUGAAUCCUCUCCGCUCUUACGCCACCGUCCAUCCGACCAAAGAAUGGAGGACUCUUCAGUCGUCGUCGUCCAUAACUUUCUGUCUAGACCCUCCUUACCCUUACCGCUGGUGAUCGCACAUCAGUUACAUCUCUACAUCACCAGAUGCAAGCGGAAAGGUUAUCUCGAGGCUAUCGGUCCUGCGGGUCACAGUCGUCUCGUCGCUUCGAUUUCGACAAUGAACGAUCUGUUUAGCUCGAUCGACGGCCUUGGCAUGACCAAAAUCCCUGCAUGCUACUGCAUCCAUCUCAAACAGUGUACAACGCUUUAUCUCUGGGCUCUUCCACUUACUCUGGCUUCUGAUUUAGGAUGGGCAUUGAUUCCAUUUGUUUCAAUUGUUGCUUUCACCUUAGUCGGAAUCGAAGCCCUAGCCAGAGAAUGUGAAGAUCCAUUUGGAGUUGAUCCUUCUGAUUUGCCGCUGGAUUAUAUUUGUGCCGAUCUUCGAAACGAGGUUGAGCAUCUCAUUGCCAAACUUGGUAGCGAUCCUGAGCAAGAUCUCAUGAUUUAA